CCGCUCCGCGCCCGGCGGCGGAGGGCGGGGAGGGCGCGUGGAGCCGGGGACACGCACACGGACACGCAGCGCGGCUCUGCGGCCAAACCUCGCCAACAAAGACCCCUCCGCCCCGCUGGCCGCCGCCCCCCGCGGGAUGUAGCCGGGCCGGGAGCCCCAGCGAGGCAGCGGCCCCGCCGCUCCGUGCCCCGCAGCGAGGCCGGGAGGCGGCGGGCUCAGAGGAGCUGCCGCCACCAUGGGCAAAUCCAACAGCAAGUUGAAGCCUGAAGUUGUGGAAGAGCUGACCAGGAAAACGUACUUCACAGAGAAGGAGGUGCAGCAGUGGUACAAGGGCUUUAUCAAGGACUGUCCCAGCGGGCAGCUCGAUGCCGCCGGCUUCCAGAAGAUCUAUAAGCAGUUCUUCCCCUUCGGUGACCCAACCAAAUUUGCCACCUUUGUUUUCAAUGUCUUCGAUGAGAACAAGGAUGGGAGGAUCGAGUUUUCAGAGUUCAUCCAGGCGCUGUCCGUCACCUCCCGGGGGACGCUGGACGAGAAGUUGAGGUGGGCUUUUAAGCUGUAUGACCUGGACAACGACGGAUACAUCACGAGGAACGAGAUGCUGGACAUUGUGGAUGCCAUUUAUCAGAUGGUGGGGAACACAGUGGAGCUUCCCGAGGAGGAGAACACACCAGAGAAGAGGGUGGAUCGGAUUUUUGCCAUGAUGGACAAGAACGCCGACGGGAAGCUGACGCUGCAGGAAUUUCAGGAGGGCUCCAAGGCCGACCCCUCCAUCGUGCAGGCGCUCUCCCUCUACGAUGGGCUCGUAUAGUCCCGGGGCCGAGCGGCGAUGCCUGGGGGAAGAUGCUCUCCGUGCCAUCCGACCACGCGAAGCUUGCCUGUCCCUCCCGGCCUUCCUUUCUGUUCUGCGAGCAAGGAGUGCUGCGAGCUCACUCCCCUCUGCACCCCGAACCAGCCGCUGCCAUUCGCCAACCUCCGCUUCUUCCAAAAAAACCCCGCGCCAGGCCCCGGUCUGAGCGGCGGCGAGCGUCCGAGACUCCAGGGCCGGGGAGCGGCUGGAGCAUCGCCGCAGGCAGAGCCCCCUCGGCCUCCUGGGCUCCUUUGCUCCCUUUUUCCUACAUUUCGGACGGGACUGCGGAUGCGCCGGCGGGAUCCUCUCUUGGGAAGCGGCCGGAGAGGAGCCCGAAGGCAGCGGGGGCUGCACCCCCAGGGUCUGUCCCUGUGGGGUGCCCGGCGAGCCGAGGCACCGGCAGAGUCUGGGAACAGAGUCCUGGCGUCACCCACGACUGGCAGCCCGGCUCGGCUCACUAGGGAUAUAUAUUAUAUUAUUAUUUUAUUUUUUCUGGUGAGACAGUAUUGUGCUUUUUGGUUUUGUUUUGUUUUGUUGGUUUUUGUUUUUGAUUUUUUUUUUUCCUUCGGUGGAAAAAAAAAGUGAGGCUUUUUUUUAUAUGCCCAUUCUCGACGAUCGAUAUCCUUAUUUAUUUGUUGUAAAUGUUGCUGCUGUGUUUUGUCUCUCGUGCGCGUGUCCACCCACCCAGGUGAGGAUUUGUAAGGUUUACAUGCUCGUAUUGCGGGGACCCGGGAGCCUGCAAUAAUAAUGAAGCCAAAAAUCUGCCUUCCCCCCUCUCCUCCCACCCCCUGUAUCCCAAGCUCCAUGGGCUGGCUGCUGCUUGGAGGGGAUGCUGUAGCUUCUUUUCCUGUUCCCGUGUUCCCUGCAUUUUUCUGUUCACCCUUAGGGAGCCCAGUGAGGGCUCACUCAGCCCAGCCUCUGAGCAGACCAAGCUCCAUCCCUCCAUCAGGCAGGGUGAGGAAAUUCUGGGCACCAGAGCAUCACUGUGUCCUCCCUUUUAUUCAUUUUCUCACUGCAUGAAAAAGUAUUCAUGGAGCCCAGAGUUGGGUUUUGCUUUCAGGCAGAUUCCUUUGCUGUGUUCUGCUUUGCAGAUGGGGGAAGGUGUUUGGUGGUGGCUGUGUGCUGGAGGGGCAGGGGGGGAGCCUUGCUCUGUCUUGUUCCCAUCCCAGCUGGGCCAGGGUGCCAGGGCAGUGCCAGGCUGGGCUGAGCACAGCUCAGGGUGCCUCUUUCCCCCACCACUCCCACAGCACAUGGGAGGUUUUGCUGUGUCUCUAAGCAGAGCUGCUUGCAGCCACCUUGGAGGAGGCAAAAGGCUGGGAAUGCACACCAGGGGACUGAGCUGCAGCCCCCUGCCAUGAGCGGGGCCUGCACAGCCUCUCCCAACUCCAUCAGCACCCAGCACCCCUCGGGGAUGUGCCCCCAGCUCAGCCCCACCAGCACCCACGGUGGCACACAGCUGGCAUUGUCUGCUGGGGCAUGGGCAUGGCAUGGGUGAUGCCUCAGCUGCUCUGGGAAAGGAGAGAUUUGCAUUCCCUCAGGAGCAGAGUGCAAGAAUCCUUUGGGACCCCUAAAGCCACCCUGGGGCCUCACCCUUCCAUCUCAGGUCCAGCUGAUGGUAGCAGCAUCUCUCCACCCAGCUGUGUCCCAGCUGCUGUGGCCAAGCCCAGACAGAGGACUGUCCCCAUGGCAAUGGGAGGUGACAUCUGGGUGACAUCUGGGCAUGGGGGACAGUCUGACAGGUGUCUCACAAUGCAGGAGACAAGAUGGUGCCUCAGCAUUCCUGGAAUCCUCCUGGCAUGGCAGGGACACAUGUCCCAGCCAAGGGAUGCUGGUUCUUCACCGUGCAACCCCACUCCCCAGUUUCGGGAUUUUGUGCUUGUGAUACUUCUUGAUGCCCAUAAAAAAACACUUUUCCCCAUCCCCAAGGAGACUGACCUCACGUCCACGUGCAAUAUUUCUGCCUCUUCUGCAGUUCCUGCCCCUGAGGAUGCCCAUGUUUCAUUGUGGGGGUGCUUCUGGAGGGUGACCCUCACUCACUCCCAUGGAAACCCUUUUCCUUCUUGCUCUGUGGCCAAAAUGCAACUCUCUGGGGUAGGUUUUUGCAGUGCCUGCAACUUGUUGAAUGCUCAUCUGCCAGACUGGUCCCCUCCUGGUGCCAAUCAAUGUUCCCAAUGAAUGUGACACUGCUGUAAUCACCUCUGCUGAUGAAUGAUGGCCCCUGCCACGUUUGACGUAGUUCCCAGGCAAAGGCAAACCUCAUUUAUUCUGACACUGUUCCCUGGAAAGCUUUUAAUUUUUGGAGGAUCUGUCAUGGGCUGAGCUCCAUCGGUGCUCACAGAUGUCUCCCCUGGCAGUCAGCCCUGCCAGGGCUCUGGACACGCUGUCUGUCCCCGAGCAAAGCGUUUUGGCCCCAGUGUUCCCCCUUGGCUGUGGGUUUGGGACCCUGCCUUGGAUGCUCCUAGUCCCACUUUUGGGGGAGCACUCAGGGCCCCUGAUUCCUCCUGACCACCACCAGGAUCUGCAGUGUCUUGAUAUCACUGAAAAUAAGGCUUGGAGCAUCUCGUGCUUGGAAAUGUCGGCCUUAACCUCCUCGUGCCUCAGUUUCCCCAUCAGUGGAGUGGCUGGGGUGAGCCAUUGCCCUCUGGAAAGCAGUUUGGUGUCUGUGCCCUGGCAAGCACGAGUGCUGGAUGUGGCUCAGGACUGCGGGCACAGGGCUUGGCAGGACCCACGGAGCACCAGGCACGUGCAGAACCCCGGGAACAGCGCAGGGAACGCUGGGUUUGCCAGGGACUCUUUAAUUCCAGCCUCUGCUUCACACCUGCUCACGAUGGAACAGGCAGCAAGCCCUGCUUUGUCUCUGUUGGUACUCGGGUUCCUGGUGCCUGUCCCAAACAGAGCCCUGGCCAUGGCAAGGGGGCCCAGAGCAGAGCCAGGCAGAGGAGAGGGUCCAGCCCUGGUGACUGUGGCAUGUGCCCCCCUCUCAUUUGUCCCUGUUGUCGGUGUUGCCCCAUUAAAUGCCACGUCUGUACUUUCCUUUCUUUUCACUUUUCUGUCUGUGUGCUGAUUGUUGCUGCUUUGUGUCCGUCUUUCCUUGAGCUCUGGGGCUGGGCUGAGCUGAGCUGUUUCCCCCAGGAGCAAGAAGGUGGGAGAGGGCUCUGGGGGCAAAUUCCUCCCUGCCCUCUCCUCACAGCACAAACCAGGACCCGAGAGAGAGAGAAGUGAAGGGUUUUUCCUCUGGGGCAGGCUGUUAAUUAAUGCAAUUUAUAACGAGACCAGGCUGGUCCCAAGAGCUCUCUCCGUUGGGUUGGUGGAGGGGGGUGUUUGCUUAUGGGGGACCCCAGACCCUGUUUGUGCCAGGUCCCAGCUGCACCUCAUCCUCCUUCACAGGAGCAGAUGCCUGUUGGUUCUUCCCGUGCCAUCAGGACACCACGUUCCUGUGGGAUGGGAGGCUGGGGUUGUGGGAAUCCCAGCGCAGGUCUCUGCUCCUCAGUGGGCAGGGAUGCAGCUGCCCACAGGGUGGAAUUGUCUUGGAGUCUUGGGGUCUGGGUUUGAGCCCUGCUUGGAGCAGGGCUGGCUUUGAAGCAGGGCCAGGCAUGGCGUGGGGGCAGCUGAAAUCACUGGCAGAGCUGCCCCCUUACCAUGUAUUUAGGACUGGGGGGUCAUUUGGGAUGGGUGAGUGACCUGCAGCCAGCUCACUGUCCCCCAUCCAAGGAGAUUUGGGGCAUUUCAUGAGAGCAUCUGUCACCUGUCCUUCCUGAGGGCAUUGGAGGGGAGAGUCUGGCUGGGACAGAAGCGAGGGCUGAGGGCAAAGGAGGGAGCUGAUGGCCCCAGUCUCACUGCAGUUUGGGGUGCAGCAGUUUUGGGGUCUCAGUUACACAUUUCAGCCCUGCCUAUUCAGGAAAGUCAUCCUUCCCUUCUCUCUCUGCUCCCGUGGCCACCAGCCCAGGGCUGGGUGUCCUGUGGCACAGGUGUGACCCCUGGCCAGGGGGUGGCCGAGCCCUGGGCUGGGAAGCAGCAGCUCCAGCAAAGAGCCUUGUUUGUGAAGAUGAAGCCUGUGUGUGCGUCCGUGCCGGUGUCUCGGCUUGCAUGCCCCGCUGCCUUGUCUUGAGAUGAAUUCAAGAGCAAACCAAGCAAAUGAAACAGUUCAAUAACAGAACAAAACAAAACCCAGGAACUUUGUGACAGUGGAAAUAAAAGCUUAAUGACAGUAA